UUUAAACCUUACAUUUUUUCUUAGAUUUUAGAAUUUUAUCAGCCAUUGAAAAGCACGCUACACUUCUAAAAAAUGAUCGCUCUAAGGAUUCUUUUGGUAGUAUUGCUAGCAGUGGGAUUUAUUUCUGCUGACCCUAUUAAUUUCGAGUUUUCUAGGCUGAAAGAUUCACCAUAUUCGAGCGAACGCAUUAAAAGGUCGUCCCAAGAUUGUAUCACCAACAAAAAACAAAUAUAUGCGGCCAUCGAUGGAUGCAUUGGGUCUAGCACAAUUGAUUAUGAUAUCCCGUCUAACAUCGAAUGCCGCGUUUUGUCAGAAGUUAUCAAAUGUCUGCAUAACAAAAUAAACAAAUGCAGUACUCCAGGGAUCAUGCAGCAAGCGAAUGCCAUAAUGGCACCUGUUAUCACAAAUAACAACUGUUAGGCAGAUGAAGGUUCGGAAUGAAUGUGGCUGAAGGUACAAAAUCAGAC